AUGUUGGAAAUCUCAAAGCCUAAGAACAAUCUUGUGGCUGCAGCAGUAGCUGCUGCUGGACUUGGAGCUGAAGAACUAGGAUUCCAGCUUCCUUCUUCACAAUCCAGUAUUGAUCUUCCCAGCUCAGCACAUCAGCAGGGAAUGAAUGAUAUUCGACCUGCCCUCCCUCUUCAGAGUAGAGCUUACGAUUUCCAGGAUGAUAAGGCCAAACAUACCUUCCAGCCCAGAUAUUCAACUGGUGGCCAACAGCAACAACAACAACAACAACAGCAACAGCAGAAGUUUCAGAAGCUGACCUUUAACAGCGCUGCUACAUAUGGGAGCAGCUCUAAACAAGUUCAAAGGAAACCGGUUCAGAAAACACAAAAACGUAUUGCCGGUUCAUCAUCAGAGGUAACGAUUGGUCCUGAUCAGCAGAAGGUGACCUACACCGUAACCAGUGAGAAUGGAUACUCCCAGACCUACAUGAUGAUUUGUUCAAAAAGUUUAGAUCAGAACACUCUCAUCAACACCCUGAUCAAGAACAUCUCCAACGACCCCAACCACAAGGGGAAGAAGACGAUCAAGAUUACGCAGCACAAGUACGGAGCUAAGAAAGCUAAACCUAAACCAGCUGCUCCUAAACCUAUUCAGCAGAGAGCUCUUGAACCUGUUCGAACUAUAACACAGACUAAAACACAGUAUAGGAAUGUUCAAAAUCAGCAGGUUGUAAGACAGGAGUUAAAAGCGGCAGCUCCAGCUGUUUCUCAACAGCAGAAGCAUCAGCAACAACAGCAGCUUCAGCAACAACAACAGAUAUUGAACCAGGAACAGGAUAUUUCAGAGAUGAUAACAGGAGAUACAAUACCAGAGAACCUAUCUCUGGAGGAUAUUGUAAACCAGAUUGGGGAGACUGAAGGAGACCCUAAAGUAAUUGUUAAGUGUUCCUACUGCACCAACUUUAAAUCAGUGUUAAACUCUCAAACCUGGGAGAAUAUAUUGAACCAUAUCCUACCAGUGGCCCGCGAAGAACUACACACAGCUUUCUAUGGAAACAUUCUUAAGAAUUUCUCUCGAGGAUUAAAGGUUGCUGUGACGGGUAGAUCAGCAGAAUUUUGUGAGGUUACUGUCUCACACGGCCUCAUUUGCAGGAGAACAGGAACCUGGUAUUCUGUUGAUAAUCCCGGAGUUGAUUUGGCCAUACAGUUGGCAACUCAUAUAGCUGCCGUUCAACCUGGAGUAUCUGGUCCAUAUGGAGCCAGGCCCAGGGGGAACUCCUUGAUCUGCCUGUUCUGUGCCUCCCCCUACACGGCCGAGGACUAUCAGAGACAUCUUACGCCACACCACGGACACAUUGUUCCUUGUUUACUACUGGCUGCAGGGGCAUACUGUGCAUCCAGUUUUGAAUUGGAAAUCAAGAAACCAAGUGAUUGUGAUUCGUGUGGUGAGACUGAGCACCAGGAUAUGAGAUUCCUUCCCUGCACAAAGUUUGCUUCAGACUUCAACUGCUCCAGAAAACUUCAGGCUACAGUUGACUGCUUUAGAGAAAACUUUGAUUCCAGAGGGUUUUUACAGGUUUCUAAUUCCGCGAUGACUAAGUGCUCCGUUUGCCGAGCCCAGAACCUAACCUACUGCGCUCUCUUCAAAGUUAACAGCACCUCCCUUAUCCAGCUCUACAGUGAGAACGAGAUGCUAGCUGUGUGCGCCAAUUGUCAGAAGCAGUUUGUGAACGUGGUAAUGCGGGAAAACUCAUUCGAUAAACAGUUGAAAAUGUUCCAGCUUCACCACAUGGAACAGCUCUGUGGAGUUCUUAGGGUUCUUCUUUCCUCUAGCUCUGCAAUAUGCAGUGGAAACUUCAAUCUUCUUUAUACAGUACAGGAGGGAGGAAGCCUGUACUCUGCUACCAACACUAUUCAUACUGUUGUACCUGCCCGCCCUCUUCAUACUGGGAACCAAUCCCUUCCCAUCAAGGGUCUUAAUCUUCAAGAGAACAAGAAUAUUGACAUGUCAGGGCCAUCAAUAAGGUUUGUGUGUGAUCAGUGUAAGUUUGCCAUAGAUUUGACAAGAUUAGAACACGGGGUGGCGAAAGCUGAUACACAUCUUGUAGAUAUGGCUAUAGGAGUAGUAUUAGAGCAUAUUGUUCCACAUACAGACAGUUUAUUAGCGGUAAUAAUGACUGCUGCUACCAACGAGGUCUUCAGUUUAAAAUACGAGUUUACUGCCCACGUGGAGGGUGAUGGGUCUAAUAGGAGAAUUAAUUUAUCAUUGGACAGAAAGAUUGUUCCUUGUGGAACAGGAGCUGAAGUCAGUAUACAGAAGGAAUUGUACAAAACUAUUGAAGGGAUCAAGAGCAAAAUAAAACUAGACAAAAAAGGUCACGUGAUGUUAAGAGGUCGAUACAUGUUCUUAGACAUCAACCCUGCAGAAUCUGGAGCGGUGGAUAUGGGUUUUAAUGUAGACGUAAACCGGUUCUUAGACCAGUGUAACUCUGUCAUCAGUCUUUAUGGAGCUUCAGGCUGCAACACCCGGCUGUUGGACUACUAUUCAGAAUGUCGUCUUUGUUCCAAAUUCAGUUUCCCGGAUUUCCGUUUGACAGCUGCAAUAAAGAACAAGGAAGGAGUAUCCUUGUGUGAGAAUUGUUGUGAAACUAUUCUCUCGUUGUGUGUACCCAGUGAACCUGAGAAAAUUGGUGGAAGGGGGGAAUCUUGUCUUCUGCUAGGAAUAGAAAGAAAUACAGGACACCGAUUGGUUCUGUCAAAUCAAUCUAAGAAAUGGAUCUCAGCCGACGGAGUGGAGAAAAUACAAACUGUCUCAGAGGUUGCUGCCUCCGCUAGUAUAUUGGACUACAACAAUAUUUUAGUUCAACAGCUCAAAUCCCACCUACUAGCGGUGAGUAACAGAGCCUGGUCAGAUCCUGACUGUGUGACCGCUAGAGCCGGCUUCUUAGUUAAGAAUGUGAGCGCAUCUAAACUCCCCCAGAUCGAAGUUAAAGUUACCCUCCGACCUCCGAAACCCAAAACCCCUCCGCCAAAGCUUCAGAUAACACCGGUCACGGUUCGACCAUCUAUCCCCAAACCUGUGCCCCCUCGUCCUCAGCCUAACAAGAUUAUGGGUAGGGGGGCGCAAGGGGCUCCAACCCCCCUCAGUAGGGGUAUACUGGGCAUGAAGGGACCUACUCCCACCAGCAACUUGGUACAGAAUACAGUUCGACCCACUCCUCCCUCACAGAAGCUUGUCAAGAUAACAGCCAAUAGACGAAUAAUUCCUGUGAGGGAUCCAACAAGCAUUAGUUCUCCUAUUAGACCAAGCAUUUCUAUACACGAAAACAUUUCAUCUAUCAAAUCUUUGAAGCAGAACUCCGUUCAGGAGAAACUGUUUCGCUCAGAUAAACCGGAAUCAAGCCAGGAAAAAAUCGCCGCAAUGAGAGCGGCGCUUCAAGCCUCCAAAGCCGCCGCCGAAAACAAGACGGCCGAUUCGUCUAAAUCCACCGACAAGGUGAUCGAGAUCGACGACGACGAUGAAGAUGCUGAGACUCUUGAGGAUAUCGCCAACUUUAUCAGUAACUCUGAUCCUGUAAACAAGGACGAGGAGAAGGACGAGAUGUAUACCCUUCAGGACGAGUUCACGGACAACUCCCUAAAGUGCUCUCAGAACAACAAGCUCAAUGAUUUAUAUAAUCUUCCUAAAGGAACCAUUGUGACCAAUGUCGGAGAAAAGGUUGAGAUGUCAAGAGCUGAUAUUAAACCUGAGGAGAAGGCAUCUUCGAACCAGGAGAAGGUUCAGCAAGAAAAGACGAAAGUAAAGACGGCAAAUAAGCUUAAGGCUGAAGAAGAGAAGGCGGAUAAGUUAAAGACGGAGGUAGAAAAGGCGAACAUGCUGAAGGCGGAAGAAGAAAAGGCGGUUAAGCUGAAGGCGGAUGAGGACAAGGCUGCGGAGGAUAAGCUGGAGGGAGAGAUGAAGAAGUUGUUUGAGGAGGAUGAUGAGGAGGUGGCUGAGGGCGGAGAAGAAGAGGAGGAGGUUAAGAUCUCCAGCUCUCUUGAUAUUAGUCAAGUUGAAUCUGAAAUCAAACCUGCUACUGUCCAACUAUUCAAGGAUGAAACUGAUCUUGAAGAUGGAUCAAGUAUCCCUGUCCUUCCAACUCCUGCAAAUGAUGCAACUACAUCUACUAAAACUACUCCUACACCUCAACAGCUUACAAAAUUCCUACCCACACCUAGUUUAAAGAAAAAGCCUAUAGUUCCCCGGGUUCUUGAUGCCACCCUGGAUUCUCCAAAUAGUACCGCCAUUUCUAGCUUCAAGAAGAAUCGAGGUCGACCUAAGAAAGAGCAGGAGGAUCUCUCUCACCUGACCUCCCUCGACCUUGACCUUGACCUUGACCUCGACCUUGAGGAGGCCGAGGAUGAGGAGAAGGAGAAGACUGGAGAACGAAGUCCGAUGAAAUUGUCUAAAAUUUUACCUAAACCUACCUCCUCCAGUUUUAAAAUUUCUGGGACCCCUAAGACCCCUAAGAACCCUGAGAAAAGGAAAAGGGAAGAAGAGGAAAGUAAAUCUAAGCGGACGAAGAUUAAUUCUAGUCCCGAGUACAAGGUCAUGUUUAAGAAGCACGCCAAGGUGCACAUGAACGGGGAGAACAGCCAGGAUGAGAACCAGGAGGAGACCCCGGACUACAUGAAGGGAGUAUCACAGUCCGGCCGGGUUAGGAAGGCAAAGAAGGUGUUCGACAUGUAAUGUAUGAGACUAAAUUCACCAAAAAUGAAGAAAAUCUGAGUAUCUAAAUUCUAAGAAAUCCACGAGUUCAAGAAUCUGUGAAAUCCACCAUUUUCCAAGAAAAUGGAAAAAAAACUUUUAUUUGAGAAGAUCAAAUUUAUUUUCGAUUAUUUUGUAAUAAUAUGUAGAAAAAUUUAGUAUUUUUAUCUGUGUUCUCUGUAUUGAGUAGACAUGUUACAUGAAUUCAACUGUAAAUAUUAUUUUGUACAGUGUACAGAGUGCACAGUGUACAAUACAUCAUGUUUUUGUUUUGGUUGCUGUUCAAAUCUCGUAAUAAAACAUUUGCUCGUAAUAAAACA